AUGCCCAACGAGGAGCGGCCAGCCUUCGAGGAGCGGUGCAAGGCGGAGGUGGAGGAGAAGAUUGACAAGGAGAGUGAAAUUGCCAAGCUGCGCUCCUCGUACGAGACGAAGAGCGACCGGCUGCAGGAGACGAUUCCUCCGCGCGAGGCAGCUCGGCGGGGCUGUAAGAUGGCGGGUGGCGCGCAGAAGGGCGCAUGGUUUGGCGACGCCAUUGACAUUGGCUCGUCCUCCGCCGCGGGUAAGAUCAAGAAGCAGAAGGACAACCUUCAAAAACUGCGAGAUGAAGCAGAGGCGCGGGGAGAGGGAGGGGCAGGGAGGACGAGGGAGGGUCAGGAGCUCAAGGAGGAGCUGGAGGACAAGAUAGCCAAGAUACGGACCGAGGAGGGCUGGGGUUCGGGGUCGAGGUCGUCAAUAGCGUAUCGCGAGGAGCAGGAUCUCGAGGCGACUGAGGAGGCGGAGAUAGGCCUCGAGAAGAACGACAUCAAGGUGAACAAGUUUGAGAUCCUCUGGAUUCCAGUGACGCGCCGCAUCGCGGUUCAAGUACCAUCCAUCUGA